AUGCCUCACGCCGACAGGCCAGCUUCUGGAAGGACGCGGGACGAGGCGACCUCAGCAUCCUCUGACUCCUCCUUGCCAGCCGUACCCCCUGCCUUCUCUCCUCCUCCUCUUUCCUUUUCCUCUUCCCUCUCCACCGCGUUUUUCUCGUCUUUUUCAUCUUCGCCGUCUUCGCCUAGUCUUCAGAACGCCCCUUUCCAGCCCCCCGAUCCACAGGAGUCCCCGUUUCUUUCCUCUCCGGCGGCUUCCUUUUCGCACCCGUCUUCUUCCGGCUCGUCCUCCUUCUACUCCGCGUCUUCGCCGUCCUCCUCACUCUCCUCGUCCGUUCCCUCUUCUUUUCCCUCUUCCGCGUUUCCGUCUUCGUUGCCUCCGCCCUCGCUUGCAUCUUCGUUUCCUACAUCGUCGUCUCCCUCCCCGCCCCAUUCGGAGUUGCUCGACGGGCUAGGCACGGGUGCUGUGGCCGCCGUGCCGAUUCGCCAGGUUCCCUCGACGCGGUGUGUCUCGUCUUCUGGAUCUCGGCAUCCUGCUGGCGCUCCGUCUUUCCCUCCUGCGUCUUCCACCAGUUUCUCCUCCUGCGUGUCUCGCGCCUCCGGUUCGUCUUCAUCUUCGAGCUCGCGCGCGGCUUCAGACUCCGCGUCGAGUCCGCACCCACCCCCGCGUCUCCCGUCGUGUGAGCAGGGAGACCCCGGCCCGCGCGCCGGCAGCAGCACGAGGCGCAAGAGAACGAUCUGCGAAAUCUCUUCGGUUUUGUACUUUGAGCGUGCGAGUGGGGGUGCGCGGUCCGCGUGCUUGACGUUUUCAGCAGCUGCGUGCUCUGCUUCGCCCGUGGGCCUGCCGGGCGGCAACGAACUUUUUAGGAUCUCCUCGCGCAUUCUGCUGCCGUCGAUGUCUUCCUCGUCGUCGACGCCUCUCUCCGGCACACAUGACGCAGAGACGCGGGGCCCAGCAGCGAGGGACAGCACAGAGCAAGAGACGAGGACGCUCGGAGGCGACGAGGGCCGGCGCGCCGGAAGUGUCUCCGCGAGACUCCCGCGCCCGCAAGAUGGAAGUGUGGAGGGCGAAGCCGCACACGCGGGCCCGCGCGGGUCAGACGAGGAGGCGGGAGUAGGGGGAACGCGCGCAGAAGAGUCGGAGGUAGCCGGAGCAGCAGAAAACCGCGAAGACGCUCUCGCGCGCCUCGCUGCAACCCCUCUCACGGUCGUCGCAGUUGGACGGCAGCCAUUCGUGGCUCUCUACGACGAAGUGACCCAAGCUGCAAAGCGUCACAGGAAAAGCUGUGACGAGUUAACGAAGAAUCUAGAUCUCCUCCUCGAUGCCAUCCUCGAAUCGAAAGACAAGCUCCGCGCAGCAGCAGCGGCAGCUGCGCGGCCGCCUUCAGGCGCUGGCGCAGUAGCAGGGCUCCGCUCUGGGCCGUCUUCGCUGCCGUCACCUGCUUCUCUGCCUCCAUCUUUUUCUUCUUUAAAUGAGAGCGUCAAGGGCGAAACGUCAUCCUUUCCGUCCCCUUGCACGGCUCCUGGCGGAGGCGGGGCCUCCACGCGUGGCGGAUUUCUCCCUGCGUCUGCGCCUCCUUCGUCGCCACGCUCGCCUCCCCCGUCCUCCGCGGCUCCGUUCGUGCUUGCUGAAAAUGCCAUAGCAGGAAACCAGUCGCAGGGACGCAGGGAAAAUGACAGUGCUGGCCGCGGCCCCGCGCCGUCCGCCGCCUGUGCAACGGAGGGACAGGGAACAACAGCAGAGGCGUUAGCCGAGGCUCGCGGUGCCGGAAGACGAGAGGGCAGCAGAACGGGAGACAGACCGCCGGCUGAUGGGCUUCCCGGCGCCGCGGACGGUGCUUCACCUGCGGCUUUGGAUGCACAUCUAUCUCAACAGGGCAGACUCGAAAUCCAGACGAUGGGAAGAGCAGACGAGGCGGCAGAAGAGGGAGGAGAGCGAAGGGAUGAAACCCAGGGCACUGGCGAAUCCGGGGUGCUUUCUUCCGCGACCCUCGGGACUCUUGAUGCGCCGCCACACUCAUCUGCCGCGACGGCUGCUUCGCCUUCUGCGUUGACCUCACUCGUUCGGGGAUGGGAAGGAGACACGACUGCCUCGCUGGCGUCGGCUGUCUCACCGUAUGGAGGCGACGGUCGCGCAGGUCUCGCGGGCAGCCGCGGGUCGGCGGCCUCUUCGUUCUCGCCUUCGUGUUUCUCCGGUAUCUCCUCCCCACCGGCAUCUCCUUCGCCCGCCCUCUUGCCCUUCGCCUCUGCGUCGCCGUUUUUUUCAGCAGCCCCAUCGCCAGCGGCAGCGUGUCGCCCUGGCAAUGCCUUAUCUUCUUCGCAGUCAGCGCUGCCGAGCUACUCUCUGCCUGCGCCGUGCUUGCAGGUAGCGCCGCCUUCGGCUUCAGUGCCUCCUUCUGCAGUCUCUGAGGCUUCCGCAAAGGCCUCGGCGGGCGCGACUCUCGGCGCGCCCGCCGGUGGGGGCGGGGACACACCCUCUGGCGGGGGAGCCCUCACGGAGUCGGGCGCCAGUUCGCAGCUCGCGGCGUUCGCGGGUUUGGCGCGCCGAGGCGACAAGGGCGCGGAGGGUAUCCACGCGGCGAUAGUGAAAGAGGUGCUUCGGGGAUUGCAGGCGAGAGUGCAGGCCCUCGACGUGACGCACACGCUCGCAGAGACAUACAAAGAUCAACAGAUGGCGCUCAGCGGCGUUGCCCGCGCCAUUGAUCGACUGAUGCCUGGCGACCCGGCCCCCGCGACGCGCGUCCUCCCUCCACCGCCCGAGCAGCAACUCUUCUUCGCUCUGCACGCCAGGAAUGAGAAGGCUGCUGCGAAAGCCGCUGCCGGAACACGCGACACGCCGACUGCAGAGAGCCAGGCACUGAAGGACCGCGAAGGGUCUUCAGCUGAGGCCGGGGCUUCCGAGGAGACGGCGGGGCCCGCGCCGCCGGCCACGCCAGCAGCGCGGCCUCAGAGAGGGACGGAGACUAGGGUCGCGAGCCGACGCGAAGGCGAGGAGACAGAGGUUCUGGAGCGACGCCGGCGGAGGCGAAAGGAAAGUGAAGAAGGCGGGAACGCCGACCGGCGGCGGAGAACGGUUCGCGGCGGCUUUGAAGGCGCCCUCACUGAAACAGGAUCGGGCGGUACGCCUCAGAUUCUCCUCGCUGGCCUCACGGCGUCGGGCGGGUCGCGGCGGCACAGAGGCAGUCGAGACAGCGAGGAACCGUCCUUUGCGUGCCGUGUAGACGAGCCGUGCGGGCACCACGUGUCGGGGAGGCGGCCGUCGUUGUCGCUCUGUCGCUCUCUGGGAAAGUCGCGAAACCCGCGGCAUCCGUCGCGGUGCCGCGCGGCUGGAAGAGACCCAGCCUCCUGCGCGUACCGACGGGCCUGGUGCACGCGCGGAAGCAAUGCGAACCUCGCCGCUGCGCUGCCGAGACUUCUCUGUGGGGGAGGAUGGUCUGCGGGCUUCUGUGCGCGAAGGCAUCUCAUCGAAAGCGAAGACAUGCUUCUCGCAAAGCUUCUCGCGCUGCACUUUUUGCACUGUGGCUGGUUUGACAUCUACGCCCAGUUCUGCGCAGAGCAGCAGCAAAUCUUCGAUGCUGUCCAUUGCCCGUGUCUGGAGUGCCGGGGCUGGUCGCACCGUGAGUGGCUAGCUAGCCGCUGCGAAGAGGAGGGGCACCUCGCUGUGUCGGAUUCUUCAUCGGAGAACAGCCAGCAGAGACACCCAGGCCAAGAGACAGAGGAGGCACCACCGCCCAGUUCUACGACGAAAGAAGACGCCGACGGGCGGGGGCGGGCUCAAAUGGGCGCGGCCCAAGCAAAGGCGAGUCAAGAGGACGGCACGAAGAAGGAAGCCGCGUCUGCACUCCCGUGGCCUGCGGCUCACGAGUGUCUCCAUUUGCCUUCGGGAGACCGCGCUGAGGAGACUCUCGCGGGGGCCUCGCACCGGGCAGGGACUGGAAGCGAAGAAAAAGUGGAGGGCGAAGCAGCAGCGCGAGGAACGAGCCGAAGUGUUGUUCUCUCGUCGGUCACUUCGUCGAGCCCGCUAUUGCAUGCAGGUGAUCCGCCGGGGGGGGCAGCUAGGCACCUCAAUGGAGGGGCAGGAUUCACAGGAGAGGAGGGACUUUCGUCCGCGUCGGAACGUGGCGACUCAGAAGUUUCGAGUCUCCCGAGUCUCCUGUCCUUUGGUGUGAACGAGUCCUUCUCGCUGGACUCGCUCAGUCGCGUCGGCACCUCCACGGAGGCGGCGCAGCGGACUACUGGCCAGAGCAGGGGGGCGCCUGGCGGGUCAAGACACCCGACGAGACCCGCGGGUACCCGCACCGGAGAAGCAGAUCUGAGCGCCAAAGAGGCCGAAGCUGCGAAGGCUCCGCACGAGCCGAACGGUGGACAGCGAGAACAAGGAGGAAAGAAGACGGUGCAGGAGGGCCUCAAGCAGCGGGAAGCUCUCGACUGGAGGAGCCGGCACGCGGAGAAAUCAGCCAUGCGCGUUGGCAGACUUCAGCUGCUGCCGGGAGAAGUAGAGGCUGCCUACGUACAGCUGCAUGAGAUUCUUCGGCGGCUGGAGCGCACGCGCGACAGCCAACUCCUUCAGUGGCGGCUGAAGUACGAGGGCAACGAAGGGGCACUCCGCGCGUGCCCGGGAGGCGCCGCCAAGAAGAACGGAAUCGACCUGGCGCUCCACUGGCUUGCCCGCCAGAAGAAGCAUCACAGGCGCAGGUUGGCUGCGCUUCACUUCGAGCUUCACAAGCUUAAAUUCCUCUCGCUCCUGUCCUCGCCUUCCUCGACGAUCGAAGAAGCGCUGCUCUACUCGCGGAGCCACUUGGCGCCCCUCUGGCGCUUCCACAAGGCUGACGUGUGCCGCCUGAUGGGCUGUGUGGCCUUCUUCGGGCGCCGCUCGGCGACGGCUAAAGACCACGGGGAAGCUCUCGCGGGGUCGUCUCUCCUUACUUCCUCCUCUCCGUGUCUUUCCCACCACGCCGACGUUAAACACGAGGCACAGGCUCAAGGCGAAAGAAGCGCUUCGCCUGAGAGGGAAAGGGUGCCUGACGGGCGCGACGCCGACCGAAGCGGGUCCCGAGGCUCCGCUUUAUCGUCUUCCCGCCCGGGGGCUUCGGAGGGGCCCGGGCGCCCGAGCCGCGCAUGGCCAGAGGCCUCAGCCGACGGAUCAGCUUCUGCCUUCUCUUUUGCGGUGCACAGAGGCGAAGACCGAGAAGACGGACAAGUUCAGCUCCUGCUUAACGGCCGGGUAGCCAGAGGCCAAGUGUCGAGUGCGUUUCCCGCGUCGCAUGAAGCCGACGGGGCAGCAGAAGCCCACGCCCGCCAGACGACUCCAGACCCAUCCGCCGAGCGUGGACGCGACCCGAAUUCUUCAUUUCUAGCCGAAACGACGCCCUACCGGGACUUAGUUUCCGAAGCUGAGUGGGCACGUGUUUUGAAUCUCUUCCGCCGGGCGUUUUGCGAGGUCGGUCUUCUCCUGCCUGUAUGCGGUCAUUCGGCGUCUUCCAUUCGAAGUCGCGAAGACGUGGACACGCCUCUUGUCGCCGAGGCAUCGAGCGCUGCAGGCUCCGCGCGCGCCGCGGAGGUCGCAGGCAGCGUGCCAGUCUUCUUAGGCGCGCAGGCGUCUCCUCCAGGAGGCGCCUCCAUGCCCGCCCUGGCGUUGCCGCCGCCCUCCACUGCCAUCGGGGGAGUCCCCUUCGUGCAGGCUUCGAGAGGCGUGGGGGCAGGCAGCGGCGGCGUCGUGGGCGCCCAGGCCGCUGGGAACAGUGCGGCCCGCCGGAGCUCCGUUCAGGCCCUGUGGGAUGCCAUUGCAGGGCGACGGCAGGCGGCAGAAGCCGGCAGCGGGGGAGGAGGCAGUCCGAGUCUCAGGGGGGCGGGGGGAGUCGUCGAUGGGACAGGGGCAGCAGGGGCUGGCUACAGGGAGGAAAUGACGCUGGCUGGCGCUGAGUAUGGGCCGGAGAGCAGCAGCGCAGAGGAGGAAGCUGGGAUGAUGCCACUGCAUGCCGAGGACCACAGAGUAGCUGAGAGCUCGCUGCAAACGUCGAGCCGGACAGCCCGGAGUUCUGCGGAGAGCGCCGGAGACCGGGGACGUCGAGAAGGACGCGGAGGCUUGACUCGAGCCCGAAUCACCAUUUUCUACCGCCCUGGGCACUCCGAUUGGCGCCAAGCCGAAGCGGUCACCACCGCAGCACACGCCGGGAUUCCCGUAGAUUUCCUCUCCCUCCUUCCACCCGAACCGCCGCGUCUGGCUCCCAGUGUCUCCUGUGUGGGGCGACCCCUGAGCACCCUUUUCGCGGGGAAGGACCGGUACCCGGAGUUCGUUGACGCGGCGGUCGUCUCAGCGCUCAACUCGGCCUCCGGCUCGGCGGCGGCCACGGCUGCGGUCGCGGCAGCAGGAGCCCUAGCGGACGAGGUGGAGCACGCCGCCGAAGAGUAUUCGCUGCUCUCCGACGUCCCGCUGUCCGCACCCCGGGUACCGGCGCUCCAGUGCUUCUCCUCCUUCCAUCAGAGCAUCCUGGCGAAUGAGGAAAAGUUUUACAGCUCGUCCGAAUGGUACCUGGAUGUUUUAACAAACCAAGACGACGACAUGGAGGCUCCAGUGCAGCUCGCAGCGCUGGGGACGUGCGGCUUCCGCGGGCAGCGCUUCACGAGGUGUGCGGAUAUCUCGGCAGGACGUCUGAGAGACAGCUGCGGAAGCGGAGCCUUCUGUGCGGGCCGGCAGCUUCUCACGUUUGGCGAGGCAGCUGGGAGUGUGCUGGCGCAGACCGACGGCUGCCCUGUCACGCGCCUCGGGGAGACGCGGGUUUCGGUUCCUCCUGGCAGAAGGGGCAGCACGAGUAGCAACAGCACGGGCUCGGGAUCCGCGGGCGUAGUCGCCAGGCAGGCUGCGCUGGGCGCCACCUGCAGCCGAAAAAUAUUUCGGCGUCUUCCCCCCAUUAGCGACCUCCAGCCAGGAUGGCUUCUCCGCAUUCACGCUCUCGGGGGUCGGCGGUGGGUGCCAGCCGGGGGCGGGGCGGAGUUUGGCGGGAAGGCCGACGGCGCCGGGCGGCGGACGCGGGCGAGUGACGGCUCUUAUCACGGGUCAUCCCCUAGGCGGCGCGGGGCCGGUGGCGAAUACAGGACGGCGGAAGAGCUAGUCGAGGAGCUGGCGAGCCGCGCACACGAGAGCGGUGAAAGACGGGCGACGGGGGCGUCUUCGAGGAGUCCCACGGGCCCUCCCCCUCGUCCCCCGUUCUCUAUCCGCGGCGGAAAAGGAGACCCUGACAGUUUCGCUGCAGAGCGGAAGGGCGACGCAAGAGCGAGAAAUGAAAGCGAGCGCCGGAGUAGAAGAUUCUGGCAGAGCGAAGUCGCGCGAGCGGAGUCGGAUGACGAAGAGAGCUCUCGCGACUCUGCACUCGACGCCUGUCAGGCGAACAUCGAUGAAGGCGGGAGAGAUGAAAAGGACGAUGUUCUUGUUCGCUUCGAAAACCAUCUGCGACAGAGACGGCGCCGGCGCCAGAUCCUCGAUUCUCUCUGGCUGAGCGAAGCCCUAGAUGGUCCUCCGCUGUUUGGGCUCCGGUGGCGCCCGUGCGCGAUAUCCCGCCGCAGGCGUCGCAGCCUCCUUGGGCUCUUUCAGGGGUCUGCGAAUCGCUCCAACUCAGCCGCCUCGAACAGCGAGGAUGGGUCGAUCUCACGCACUCAUCGGCACAGCAGCAGCCGCGCGGUGCUGCGAAGCAGCAGUCGAAGCACUACAGAAACCAGCGGCGACGUACUGGUGUCUCACCGUGAAGACGGGGCUGGGGGCGGAAGACGAGGCAGACGGCACAGGAGACGACGAAGACGAACCACGAGUCUGACUCGCCUGAGUUCGCCUGCCGCGGGCUUCCCUUUUGAAGCCGCCGGCGGGCUUGAAGCAACCGGGGGGACAGGGACGGCGGCCGCUGGCCUCGGGGGGGCGCUGGCUGCCGGAGGCGGUGGCCGGGCGCAUCGCCGUGGCGAGCGCCGCACUGCUUCCUCUCAAGGCGCGAAUCGGCCUCAGCGAAGAGCAACCACGGGCGACAUCGGCGCGACCGUCAGCGGCAUUGCCGCCGAGGCCCGCGGUCUGCUGCUUCGCGCGCAAAUGCGUGGCGUGCUCGGGCGAGGGCUGGGCGCCGGGACCGGGACUCCGGCGGGAGCGACAGGCGCUGCGGCGCGUCGGCUGGCGGCAAUGGCUGUGCGAGGCCUCGGCAGUGGAGGCGGCGGGGGGGGGACAGGCGGCGACGGGCGGUAUUCGUCCCUCGCGCGCGUGGCGUUUCUCUCCGCUGGACGCUGGCUCGCCCUUCCGCCGGCCGAGGCACUCCGAGGAUGGCGAGAAGAAGAAGCGUCGGUUGCGCGAGAGGACGAAGACGACGACAGUGACGAGGACGACGAAGAGGAGGAAGAAGAUCUUGAAGACGUGAUGCGGGCUCUGGAAGAGGAAGAAGAACUCGGUGGCGGCGCAGAAGAGGAGGAGAACCGGGUCGAAGACGAAGAAGACGAAGCCGACAAUACCAGCGAAACACGGCUCUUCUUUUUUGCCUUGGAGCCAGGAAGCAGGUACCUUGAACUCGCCGAAAACGUCGCAUGUCUACAUGUGGUACUCGCCCCAGUACAGCAAACAGAGUGCCCCUGCAUCGACCAAGAGCUGCCCGCUGUAGAAUAUGCACAUGUGGGCGUCAACCGUCCUCGGCAGCGUGCGGCGUAUUGCGAGUAA